CUCGAAAACUUUGCCUCUGACCCAAAAAGUGUCGUCACCAACAUCUUAUCCAUCCUGGGGUGUCCACCUUUCCUGCUGAGUGAAUGGCUCAACAUCGUGCGGUGGAAAUACAUCAACCUCGCCAAAGUUCUUGACUUGGCACACACAACCAAGUUGGACCCCAAGAAAACCCAUAUCAUUGAUGAUGAGAUUGAGCUCACCCUCCGAGUAUCCAAAUUCUCUACCGGAAUUAAAACCUCCUCGGAUCACAAUAUCACCUUCUCAAUGUAUAUCAAAGCAAUUUCCUUUGUCUUCCCGCAGCGUCAAGACAAGUACAUCCAAUAUAACACCUACAUUAGUCAACUCUUCCAUGCCAUGGAGGUCAGACUCCAUUCCCAUGUCAUUGAGUUCAACUGA